AGACAGCCUCGGAGGCACUCCAGCUUCAGAGCACUCUAUCCCCCUUGUCCUGUGAAUGACCGCUGAGGAAGACAAUGAAUGAGGCAAAGGAGUCUCUUCGAAACAUCGAGCAGAAGUACAAGCUCUUCCAACAGCAACAGUUCACCUUCAUCACCGCUCUGGAGCACUGCAGGGAGAACACCCACGACAAGAUCCGGCCCAUCGCCAGCAUCGGACAGGUGCAGAGCUACACGGAGCAUUAUUGCAACAACUCCACAGACCAGCGCAUUCUGCUCAUGUUCCUGGACAUCUGCUCAGAGCUGAACAAGCUGUGUCAGCACUUCGAAGCCCUACACUCCGGCACCCCGGCCACCAACAACCUGCUUGAGAAAUGCAAAUCCCUGGUUAGCCAAAGCAACGACCUGAGCAGCCUCAGAGCAAAGUACCCUCACGACGUGGUGAACCACCUCAGCUGUGACGAGGCCAGGAACCACUACGGAGGUGUCGUCAGCCUCAUCCCCAUCAUCCUGGACUUAGUUGAAGAAUGGAUCGCCCACUCAGAGAAGCUGCCCCGCAAAGCCCUGCAGCAUGGGGCGACUUAGCUUCUGUGUUCUUGCUUCGUCGGGGGCGACCAUCAAGAAUAAAAAGUGUUCUCCCCCCCCAAAAAAAAAUAACAACCCCCCACUUUUUUUUAAACAGCAUUAGUCAAUCUUAUGUUGUCAAUUGUUUGAGGCUUAAAGUGACUUAGGACACUUUUCUUCAUCUUUUGGUACUUCUGUGACUUGGGUUCUCUAGAGUCUUCAAACUCCUUUUUU